AUGUCCAACCCGUCGGGUGCCCACGUCGACUCGUCGACCAACUUCCCCCAGAACGACGGCUCGACGCCGGGAGAGGCGUUCGAGGUCCGUCAAACGUCCAGCUCGGCCGACUGGAAACCCGACCCGUCGAGAUCGAUCCGUUUGCCGCCGAACCGGCAGGCCCUCAUGGACGACAUCAUCGCUCUUUACUCUUGCGAACCCACGGCGGAGCGCGUGAAGCGUUACACCCCUGACUGCGUGUACGACGACCAGUUUGUUUACGCCAACGACCGUUACAAGAUGGCGGGCCAGUGGUUCGCCCUGCCCAAACUGUUCGACGAGAGCAAGAACCUGGGGUACGAGGUCGUCCGCAACGACCGGGACCUGAUCCAGUUCAAGAACGAACAGAGUUGGACGUUCCGCGGGAUCCCCAAGACCGCCGUCAUCAAUGCCCUGGUGAGUCUGAGUUUGGAUCCCGACACGCUGGAUUCGGACUUUGUCAGGGUCAAGUAUCACAAGGACCAGGCGAACGAAAAGGACUAUUCCCAUGAGGGUCUUGGGUUCAAUUUCAAAAAGUGGCAGGCAGAUAAUGUCAUGAAACACAUGGACAGUAGGGAGGUCGAACUGUUUGUGGCCGACAAGGACGCCGCAAAGACGGCACCAAACAAGUACGGCGAUGGUGUUAGAGAUGCGCCAAAGAAGGAUUUUUGA